GCGCCGGCAUGGACCGACCCGCCGCCGAGGCGCUGCUCCACCCGCUCCGCCAGGCGGUGCGGCUGCAGGGGGAGCUGGUAAGAAAGCUGAAAGAAGAGAAGGCUCCCCAGGUGGAUGUAGACAGAGCUGUAGCAGAGCUCAAAGCUCGGAAGAGGAUCCUAGAAGCCAAGGAGCUGGCUUUACAGCCCAAAGAUGACAUUGUGGACAGAAUGAAAAUGGAGGACACUCUGAAGCGGAGAUUCUUCUAUGAUCAAGCUUUUGCUAUUUAUGGAGGUGUUAGUGGCCUGUAUGACUUUGGGCCUGUUGGAUGUGCUUUGAAGAACAACAUUAUCCAAGCUUGGAGGCUGCACUUUAUACAGGAGGAUCAGAUUCUAGAGAUAGACUGCACCAUGCUCACCCCAGAGCCAGUUCUGAAGACCUCUGGCCAUGUAGAAAAAUUUGCUGACUUCAUGGUGAAAGAUGUGAAAAAUGGGGAGUGUUUUCGUGCUGAUCAUCUCUUAAAAGCUCACUUGCAGAAGCUGAUGUCUGACAAGAAAUGUACAGCUGAGAAAAAGACAGAAAUGGAAAACGUUUUAACACAGUUGGACAACUACAGUCAGCAAGAGCUCGCCGAUCUCUUUGUGAAUUACAACGUGAAGUCUCCUGUCACAGGGAACGACCUGUCCCCUCCUGUGUCCUUCAAUCUGAUGUUCAAGACCUCCAUUGGGCCUGGAGGAAACAUGCCGGGCUAUCUGAGGCCAGAAACUGCACAGGGAAUUUUCCUCAACUUCAAACGCCUUUUGGAAUUUAAUCAAGGCAAACUGCCUUUCGCUGCUGCCCAGAUUGGAAAUUCCUUCAGGAACGAGAUCUCACCCCGUUCUGGCCUCAUCCGAGUCAGAGAAUUCACCAUGGCAGAAAUUGAGCACUUUGUGGAUCCCAGUGAGAAUCACCCCAAGUUCCAGAGUGUGGCAGAUCUCCACAUCCUCCUGUACUCCUCCAGCCAGGUCAGUGGGCAGUCCGCCCACAUGAUGCGUCUGGGAGAUGCUGUUGGAGCAGGUAAUGGUGUGAUCAAUAACUCUGUAUUAGGUUACUUCAUUGGCAGAAUCUACCUCUACCUUAUAAGGUGGUGUAUCCCCGAUAAGCUGCGCUUCCGACAGCACAUGGAGAAUGAGAUGGCUCAUUAUGCCUGUGACUGCUGGGAUGCAGAGUCCAAAACAUCCUAUGGUUGGAUUGAGAUUGUUGGUUGUGCUGAUCGUGCCUGUUACGACCUCUCCUGCCACGCCAGAGCCACCAAAGUUCCUCUUGUAGCUGAGAAGCCUCUGAAAGAACCCAAAACAGCCAGCGUUGUUCAGUUUGGCAAUAAGGGAGCCAUUGGCAAGGCCUACAAGAAGGAUGCGAAGCUGGUGCUGGAAUACCUUUCCAUCUGCGAGUGUUACAUCAGCGAGAUGGAGAAGCUGCUGAAUGAGAAAGGGGAAUUCACUGUUGAAACUGAAGGGAAAACUUUUCAAUUAACAAAGGACAUGGUCAGUGUGAAGAGAUUCCAGAAAACACUGCAUGUGGAAGAAAUAGUCCCGAAUGUGAUUGAGCCCUCAUUCGGAAUUGGAAGGAUCAUGUAUACAGUGUUUGAACACACAUUCCAUGUCCGGGAGGGAGAUGAACAACGAACGUUCUUCAGCUUCCCUGCUGUUGUAGCGCCCUUCAAAUGCUCUGUCCUUCCUCUGAGCCAGAAUCAGGAAUUCAUGCCGUUCGUCAAGGAGCUAUCUGAGGCGCUCACCAGGAACGGCAUCUCCCACAAAGUGGACGACUCCUCCGGGUCCAUUGGCCGGCGCUACGCCAGGACCGACGAGAUCGGCGUGGCUUUCGGCAUCACGAUAGACUUUGACACGGUGAACAAGGUGCCUCACACAGCCACUCUAAGGGACCGUGACUCCAUGCGUCAGAUACGAGCCGAGGUCUCUGAACUUCCUACCAUUAUCCGUGACCUGGCAAAUGGCUGCCUAACUUGGGCUGACGUAGAAGUAAAGUAUCCACUCUUUGAGGGACAAGAGACUGGCAAAAAGGAGACAAUAGAGGAAGACAAUUACCUGAAAUAAGCCCCGGAUGAUGUCCACUUUUUACUGUUCAUGUUAAUAUGAAAUAAACUAUCGUGUAUUAUUCAAAGCUGCAUUGUUUGUGCACCCAGGGAUUAUGUUUUUUCCUCAAUUGCUGCCUGAUUUUAACUUUAAACUGAAAUAAUGGCAAUUAAAGGUGUUAUAAAUAAAAAAGCCAUUGCAUUUGCUUG